AGUCCAUGGCAUUGGCAUAUCGGUCUAAUCGCGUUCGCUCUUCCUCCGGCGACGACCCGAAGCUCCCUCACGACGCCGUUGUCGAGAUCCUGAAGCGAUUGCCGGUGGGAUCUCUCCUCCGAUUCAGGUGUGUCUGCCGGUCAUGGCGUUCCACCAUCGACGACCCUGAUUUCGUGGCCCAUCACUUGAGCCACUCCGCUCUCGACGCCUCCAAUGGGUAUCUCUUGUGUUUAGAUUGGGACGAGGGCGAUGAUCCUGUCCGGUACUCUCUGUUUUCUAGUGAGUCUCUUACUCGGCCUUCCAUGUCGCAAAUCGAAAUCCCGUUUGCUGCUUCUUCCAAGCGUUUCGGCUUUGUCGGUUCGUGUAAUGGUUUGAUUUGCGUCAGAGAAAUGUCUGGAGAUGGCUAUGCCCGGUCGAUGUAUUUGUGGAAUUUAUUCACCAGAAAGCACAGGGCGGUUCGACGUUCCAGUCUGGAUAGUAAAUUCCGUUCAAUUUACAAUGUUCAUGUAGCUGUGGGGUUUGGCUUCGACGCUAGGUCUAAUGAUUAUAAGAUCCUGAGGAUUCUCUAUUUUCCAGAUGAUAUAAAUCUAGUCGAGGUUUAUUCGCUCAGUACGGAUUCCUGGAGAAGUUUGGAGUGUGAGGUUCCUGCUUUCUGCGCCUAUUCACCCUCGGUCUUCUUGAAUGGAAAUCUGCACUGGCUCGUUUCCAAGAACGAUGAUCUGUGGACAGAGGGUUGGUCCGGAUCAAUAGUUUUGUUCGAUGUUGCCAGUGAGGUGUUUGAUGAAAUGGCUCUGUCGAAAGAGUUUUUGCAGGUUCUUAGUAUCAGUAAAGAAGUGGUUUUGUCAGCAUUGAAUAACUUGCUGGCCGUGUGCACUGUUCAUGGGGAGGCAGUUGGGCAUCCUCAACCACAUUCCGUUUGUUCUGUUUGGGUCAUGAGGGAUUAUGGGGUGCCUGAGUCUUGGACUAAGCUGUAUUCUUUUGAGGCUUGUGGACAAGUAACAGGAUUUGAUGGCUUCAUGAGGAAUGGUGAGCUUCUCAUGUUAAUAGAUGAUGAUGAAGGAGUUUCUUGGAAUCCAAUCACAGGACAGUUCACAAUUCUUCCACUAUCGAGGCAAUCUGAUCUGGUCACCAUUAUAGAGAGUCUUGUUUCACCUUAGAGAUGAUUCAAUUGCUGCUAUAUUUACCUGUAUGACAGAUUGAUUCUGCUUGCAGAAGAGUUGAAAGAGACAUCUGAAAUGAGGAAGUGCCCAUUUACCUUUAUUGACUUCUUGCAAGUUUUAGAAUGCAUAUGCAUUUUCACUGA